CUGCUUUUCCCUCUUUUCCCACCCAGUAUUCCCUGUGCAACGAUCCCCUGAUCGAGCUCUCCAACUCGGGCGCCAGCGGCUCGCUCUUCUACGUCUCCAGCGACGACGAGUUCAUCAUCAAAACCGUGCAGCACAAGGAGGCCGAGUUCCUGCAGAAGCUCCUGCCCGGAUAUUACAUGAACCUGAACCAAAACCCCCGGACCCUCCUACCCAAAUUUUACGGUCUGUACUGCGUGCAGGCCGGGGGGAAGAACAUCCGAAUCGUGGUGAUGAACAACCUCCUGCCCCGCUCGGUGCGGAUGCACCUCAAGUACGACCUCAAAGGCUCCACCUACAAACGCCGGGCCUCACAAAAAGAGCGGGAAAAGGUUUUCCCGACUUUCAAGGACUUGGAUUUCAUGCAGGAUAUUCCCGACGGGCUUUUCCUGGAUUCGGAUAUGUACAACGCCCUGUGUAAAACGUUGCAGAGGGAUUGCUUGGUUCUCCAGAGUUUCAAGAUCAUGGAUUACAGCCUGCUGGUGGCCAUCCACAACCUGGACCAGGCGCAGCGCGAGCGCGCGGCCGGCGCCGGCAGCGGGGACGGGCCGGGGCGGCCGGCGGCACAGAGAGCGCUCUACUCCACGGCCAUGGAGUCCAUCCAGGGAGAGGCUCCCCGGGGAGGAACCUUCGACACCGACGACCAGUGAG